AUGACGACUCACACUCUCAGCCAGGCAGUCCAUCCAAAUGACCUGAUUUUAAUCUACUCCGACAACUCAUGGAUGGUUCUCGUCACAACUGCUCCAGAAAAUGAACGUGCGACUAGUGCCUCUGCUAUCACCAUGCAGGAAGUGAACUAUCACAACCCAGCUUGUCAGGGCUUCUGGAAGAUGUCUGGCCCUGAAGUUGUCUACGUUGACGAGAUUGAAUGCGACAUGACUUGGUGUGCCCACAACAAGCCUGCACCCAGGACUUUGCUCAGCAGCUUCCUGGACUCGGCUGUUCCCAAGGCAAAUGAAAGGGAUGAUCCUAAUACCACCAUGGUUGUAAACCCCCAUGGCCGGGAUGUUCCUCCACCCCAUGAGUUUAUUGCUGAGACAGUUUUGCUAAGACAGUGA